AUGAGCUCAAAGACUCAGAAAACUCACGUCAUAACCGAAGCCCUGAAGGGGGAGACCAUCCAUGUCCCAAACCUUUAUGACAUUUUGAAGGGAUGGCCGAUCAAGGCCAACGUCAACUACGAGCGCCUCAUCCCUGUCGUUGAAGACGCUUUUGAGCAGCAAGUCCAGCGCAAUUUGUACUACCCUCAUCCAGAAUGGGAACAAGUUCGGACCUUGGCUCUCUAUAUCGUCUGGUUGUUCUGCUGGGACGACGCCAUCGACCAGCAGGGAACCGGCGAGUUGAGCAACGACAUCCUCCGUGCCAAGGCAUAUCGCGACAGCACCAUCAAGCUGCUUGAGUAUGUCCUCGACCUUGCGCCCAAGGCCGGAUCAGACAUCGAGUUAGACAAAGCAAAUGUCGAGUUGAAGGUGAUCGGAGACGAACUGAAAAAGGCCUACUCUCAUGAGCAGAGGCAGAUCUUCAUGAACCAGAUGCGGCGCUACAUCAACAACUGCCACGAAGAACAGAUGAUGCGUCUGCAGGGCACUCUUCCCGGUAUCAAGUCGUACUCAGAGCUUCGCCAUGGCACGGCCGCGGUCUGGACUCUGUGCGCUCUCAUCGAGUCAGUCGCCCGAGAACAUGAAGUCUUCGGACCCUAUUAA